AUGGUUCAAGUCCUAUCCGGAGGACAGGAAGUACCUUGUUGGAAUUGGUAACGGUCUAAGACUAAAUGGCUGUGACCUGUGGCGUUCCCCAGGGGUCAAUCCUGGGGCUGCUAUUGUUGGAGCUGAACAUGCAAUGUGUCUAAACCAGAUUUUAAGAGACCAGUAAAGGUUUUGUCUCCAUGCCGGUCUAGACUAGUGUAACAGACUUCUCACUGUUGCUGCUGCUCGAGGCCUGACUAGAACCUGAAAAGAUGACCACAUCAUUCCGGUACUCGGGUCUCUGCACUGGCUUCCUGUCGAUCGGAGAAUAAACUUUGCUUGUGUACAAAUCUUUUCAUGGUCUUGCACCAUGUUGCGUUGCUGCUGGAUGUUCACGACAUCCCGGUUAUACCGUAAGCAAUGGCUGAUCUCAAACGUUUCCUGUAGUUUUUCACCAGCUUUGGACUGACUGCGGCAGGGAUUUCGGACCAUUCCUCGGAUAUCGUGGUUGGGUCCUUCAGAUCAUUGUCAUGUAGGAAGACCCAAUAUGAUUUUAAACCAUAAACCUUAAACCUUUCUUAGGAUCAUUGCUACCUAGUCCAUUGGAGACCUGGUCCGAGGGAGGCUAACAGUCAUGUUUAACUUCUUCCAUUUUGUUGGUAAUUGCACCAUCGACCUUUCCGGUCUUGUGGAGGUCCGCAAGACCGCCCUCCUGGGUUUUACUCUCCAACCUCCUCUUUUUUUUUUUAUCCGUCAUGGCCUCCUUCGAUCCCCCCUGGAGAGACUCGGAGGUGAUGUCAGUCUGGCGAUUGUGACACAUGAAUGAAACCCUUGUGACUCGUACAGUUCUUUCUAGGCCAGGAAGCGUUGGGGGUCUGGUCUCAAAGGCCUCGAGGUGCAAGUACUCAUUUUAAGAUUCGCUAACUGGUUUUGAAAUGUCUUAACGGCCUUGAACCUUCUUAUUUAUCUGAUCUGCUUUUAGCAUAUCAUUAGCAUAGCAUGGAUGGAUGGAUAGAUGGAUAGAUGAAUAGAUGGAUAGAUGGAUGGAGAGAUGGAUGGAUGGAUGGAUGGAUGGAUGGAUGGAUGGAUGGAUGGAUGCUUUUUGUGCACAGAGGAAAGGAGGACAGGCUUUCAGGCUAAAAAGAGACCAGGUCGCUCUCCGUGGUGCUGAAGAGUCUCCUGGCAUCAUUCCUGACACUUUGGCCCUUCAUUUGAGAUGAGUUCGUGCAGCAGUCGUGCGUUGACCAUCCUGUCCACGGUCUUCGGGGCGUGCGGGCUGCUGCUGGUGGGCGUGGCCGUGUCCACCGACUACUGGCUCAUCAUGGUGGAGGGGGCCAUCCUGCAGCACAACCAGAGCAUGGAGGUCAGGAUGGCGCUGCACUCGGGGCUCUGGAGGGUUUGCUUUGUGGCCGGCUCGGAAAAGGGACGGUGUGUGGCAUCCGAGUACUUCACUGAACCGGAAAUCGAGAUCACCACCGAGAACACAGCCAACAUCCUGAAGAUGGUGCGUACAGCCACGCCCUUCCCCAUGGUAUCGCUGAUCUUUGUCUUCACCGCCUUUGUCAUCAGCAACAUCGGACACAUCCAACCUCAGAGAACCAUCCUGGCCUUCGUGUCCGGAAUCUUCUUCAUACUCUCAGGCCUGAGUCUGGUGGUGGGUCUGGUGCUCUACAUCUCCAGCAUCAACGACGAGGUGAUGAACCGACCCAGGGAGCCCGAGCAGUUCUUCAACUACCACUACGGCUGGUCCUUCGCCUUCGCCGCCUCCUCCUUCCUGCUCAAAGAGGGUGCGGGGGUGCUCUCCGUCUAUCUCUUCAUGAAGCGUUACGCCGAGGAGGAGAUGUACCGCCCCCACCCGGCCCUCUACCGCCCCCGCCUGUCGGACAGCAGCGACUACAGCGGCCAGUUCCUCCACCCGGAAUCCACCUGGCCUCCUCCCAAGCGAGGCCGCAGCACCUCCCAGGCGUCCAGCGACAUCUCCAUCCAGCUCAGCCAACCGCCGCCGCCGCCCCCUCCUCCGCCCAAGAAGGGGGUCCAAGGUGGCAGCCCGCCCUCCGGGACCAACCACCACCGUCCCCCGCCCUCGGCCGGGUACCCCGGUUUACCCAGGUCGCACUCUCCGCACCCCCAAGGCCAGGCCCUGCCUUUGGCUGUGCCGCCGCCCCCUGUGCCGCCCCCACACUACCACACACACGUGCACAUGAGCGCCUCCCCCUGCUAGGACCCUCGCUUCAAGUGCUAAUUAUCAUAACGUACAUUGAAGGACUAUCAAGGUGGGACUUUUAUACACCCCCAAAAACACACGUAUGAGCUUUUUACAACAUGGGAAUGUCUUUUCAUACGCUACGUUACACAUAUUAAUAUUAAUAUUCACUAUCAUAACUUUGGCAAGGACAUGCAAGUAUGAAUAUCAGCAACUACCUUGUAUGUACUGUACAGUAUAGAUCAGGGGUGGGCAAACUUUUUGACUCGCGGGCCGCAUUGA